AUGGCGACGAAACACGACGAAUAUCCUCUGGACGACAGGGACUCCAAGAUUAUCGUGGAGAACCUUGAGGAUGUCUCAUAUCCAGAACACUCGCUGGCUCAAUUUCCUCUUCUGCGGGAGAAGACUCCCACUGAACUCGAACACCUGGACAAAGCUGUUUUGAAAAAACUGGACUACUACUUUCUGCCAUGUGUGACAUUGAUGCUCCUCAUGAGCUACCUCGACAGAAUCAACGUAUCCAACGCCCGUCUAGCCGGCAUGCAAGACGACCUCCACAUGUCCGACACAGAAUGGUCCGCCGGAAUCUCCCUCUUCUACGUGGGCUACAUCAUCUCCCAAAUCCCAGCAAGCGUCUUCAUCGCCAAAGGCAAACCGAGCAUAAUCUUCCCCUGCAUCAUGCUCUCCUGGUCCGCCGUGACAAUCUGCAUGCCGGCCCUCACCUCUGCUUGGGGCUUCUGUCUCUGCCGAUUCCUCGUUGGCGUCACGGAAGGGCCCUUCAUCCCCGCUGUCUCCCUAAUGACCUCGUCCUGGUACACGAAGAAAGAAUCCCCAUUACGGAUGGGCAUCUGGCACGCGGGAAACAUCAUCUCCAAUGUAUUCUCUGGACUCCUCGCCGCAGCCAUUCUCACGAACAUGGACGGCAUCGCUCACCUCCGAGCAUGGCAGUGGUUCAUCCUAUUAGAAGGAAUCGUCAGUAUUUUUGUCGCCUUGAUCGCAUUCUGGUUCCUCCCGAACUUCCCCGAUAAUACUAGUCGACGGUGGUUCAGUGAAGAGGAAGCUGAAAUGGCAAAGUAUAGACAAUUUGUCUCAGCGGGAGGGAUUCACGAAUAUGAUGAUGGUGGUCGCUGGAAGGGUGUGUGGCUUGCCGUUAAGGAUCCAUUUACGUGGCUGUUCUCGGCAAUGCAUUUUGCGCUUAUCAUUGCACAGUCGUUCAAGGAUUUCUUUCCUUCAAUCGUCGCAACCCUCAACUUCUCCGAAGUCGAAACCUACCUCGUCCAAGCUCCGCCAUGGGUAAUAGCCUACAUCGCCACCUUGGUCCUCUCAUGGUCCUGUGGCCGAUUUCUCAAGCACUGUUGGCACAUCGUGAUACCCAUGCUCAUCACCCUCGCCGGAACAGUGAUCAUGAUCUCGACCUUGAACAUCGGAGCACGAUACUUUAGCUUCGUCUUACUCUGUACUGGACCAUUCGUCGGUCUGAACAUCCAAAUAUCCUGGGAAACCAGCGUCGUCCCGCGCCCGCGCACAAAACGAGCCGCGCUCGUCGCCAUCGCGAAUUGCGUGUCGUCCGUCUCGCAUUGGUUCACGCCAUACUUCUUCCUCACGUCGCAGGAGCCAAGGUACGAGACUGGAGGGGGGAUUAUUAUUGCGGGGAGGAAUAGGGAGCUGGAGAGGGAGGAGGUGGAGGGUAAUGGGUCCGGGUGGAGGUUUGUUACUUAG